GGUUGAGAUUGCCAGCCGCCUGCUAGACCCUGUGAACAAAGCCCACUGGGCCAUCAUACAGAGGAGUUCAAAAGGUGUACCAGAGGUCAUAUCAGCCCUGGAGGCCUUUGGUGCUAACAUAGCCAAGACAGCCAUAACGGCCAUCACAUCUGAUUACACACACACUCCAGAGUUCUUCAUUGUUGCUCCCAACAUUGUGAUGCACCAUGACGUUAUUGUUCGGGAGAACCUAAACUCGACAGUCAUCCCCAAUUACGAGAUUGACCAGUGGGAGGAUGGAGUUGAGCGGGAUACUACACGAAUACACAUUCCUGAGGGCGUAAUCCAACCCAAACCGGAAGUGGACGACCCCUCCAUGAUUUCCAUCGAAAGCAACGUCGCUUUAACGUCCUAUAUCAAGUACAACACAGUGGGAGAGCUCUUACCUAACCAAUCAGAUUCCAGCGUCAAGUCAUCAGAGGGCGCCGUUGGUCAAGUCAUCAACACCCCCGUCAUCUCAUUGUCACUGUAUGACCACCUAGCCACUGAGGGCAGCACUAAAGAUCUGCUGUACCCAAUCAUCUUGGAGAUCACCGCUCUGGGUCGAGCAAACAUCCAUAAUCCGCAGUGCAUCUUCUGGGACUUUUUCUUGUUUGAAGGGGUGGGUGGCUGGUCCACCAAGGGUUGCUCUGUGGACUCCUUCAACACCACCCACAUCAACUGUUCCUGUAACCAUCUCACCAACUUUGCUGUCAUGGUGGACAAUGCCCCUCCAGUUAAGGAGUUUGUCCAGCAGCCACUAGCCCUACAGAUUGUCUCCUACAUCGGUCUGGGCAUGUCCAUCUUUGCCCUGGUGUUCACCUUUUUCACCCUGCUGUGCAUUCCCAGCCUGCAUUGCAACCUGAACAGCAUCCACGUCAACCUGGUCUUCACCCUGAUCGCAGCCGAGGUCACCUUCCUUGUGGGCAUCAACACUGAGAACAAGAUUGCCUGCACCAUUGUAGCCAUCCUCCUCCACUACGCCCUGCUCAGUGCCUUUGGCUGGAUGUUCAUUGAAGGCAUCCACCUGUACCGAAUGAUGACAGAAGUCCGCAACAUCAACCAGGGGCCCAUGACCUACUACUAUGUCAUCGCCUACGGCUUGCCUGGACUCAUUGUAGGGCUGGCGGUACCGCUGAGCGAGGCAGACUACGGUCAGCAAGUCAACAUGAAUGGCCAACACUUCUGCUGGUUAUCCAUUGAAGACAUCCUGAUCUGGAGUUUUGCUGGGCCUGUGCUGGCUGUUGUGGUUAUGAACCUGGUGGUGUUCUUCCUGGCUAUCAGGGUGACUCUCACUGGCAGAACGAAAAACCCAGAAUACCAAAACACCAAGCCCUUGUGGUCUGGGCUACGCUCAGCAGGCAUCCUCCUGCCUCUUCUGGGCAUCACCUGGGUCUUUGGUCUGCUGGCUGUCAACCAGAAUGUGGUACUCUAUCAGUACCUCUUUGCUGCCUUCAACUGCCUCCUUGGAUUCUUCAUCUUCCUCUUCCAUUGCGUCCUCAACUCCAAGGUACGGAGGGAAUGGAUGCGAUGCUGUCUAGGCAUACAAGGAAAGAAGGUUCAAUUUGAUGAGAGUGUCAAUACCUCCCGGUCAGCAUUGUCAUACAGCAAGACGGAUGGGCAGUUCCGACACCACAUCGGCAUCUCCACUGGCUCCAUCGGUAGCAGUCAUGGCAGCCGCAGCACCAAAGUCAGCAACAGGCCAGAGGGCUAUCUACGAAACACAGCCAGCACAUCUACAACAUCCCCCUCCAACCAUGAGUAUGUUCCAUCUUACUACAACUACAAACCCAAAGUCACCAAUCUGGAUGAUCCCGAUAACUUGACUCUACUCAACCCUCAAAGAAACAACCUACUAGACUGGGAUUAUGACUUUAGUGGCAGUCACACGGUCACGCUGAGCAAUAGCUGCAAUAAUAGCCGUAGUCAGAGUUGUGUUAGCCAAGGCAGGCGGAGUCAUCGAAGCCGUGGCAGCCGUGAUGAUCAAGAUUCUGAUUCCGACAGUGACGCGUCCAUCCAGCGUAAUCGUGACAGCAUGUCCUUGGCGUCGUCACAUUCCUCAGAUGAAGAAGAGGAGGAGGGUGUGGACCUGUGGAAGUCUGCUCCUACCAAAGUGAACCUGCCAGAUAACAUAACAUCACAUGGGUUUGGGCCACUGCACAGCACUCCUAAAGAAAUGACAGUCCUGACAACAGACAGUGUAGACAACAAAUGCAAGUGGCCAGGGGAGCCCUACACUGGGGAGCUGGACAGCAAGCCAGAGUGUAACCUACGAGCAGAACUGAAGAUCCUAGAUCCCAAGUUCCCCCUUGAUAACGACAGAGAUAACAGUGUGACAGGAAGCGUGACAGGGAGUGUGACAGGCAGCAUUGAUGGCAGCAACAGAAACCUGAUUGUUUCCCAUGUGUCUGCCCGGCCGGACAUCCUCCCUCUGAAGGGCAUCAUGAAGACCCCCGGCAGCUCCCAUAAAGGCUCCUCCCAGGGCUCAGGGUCAGGGUCGGGCUCCAAUGCUAGCCUGACCAAGAUCCCCAUGUCAGUCACCACCACCCCAGACAAGUAUGGCUCAGGACAGGGGGUGACAUUCCCCCCAGAGCAGAGGAGUCACGACUCUGAAUCAGAGAUCAUCUUCUGAGCAAACUGGACUGCUUCGAACAUUACGCCACUUGAAAGAAAUGGGUUUUUUUGUAGGAAGGUGUGGCUGUUUUCUUGAGAUAUCAGAAAUGUAAUUUGGGACAGCAUGAAAAGUGAGGGCUCUUGCUGCAUGUCAAUAAACAUUGCCUUAUUGGAUGUUGUGCACAACAUUUUGACAACAAAAAUUAAAUAAGCAUGUUUUUGUGAAUGAAUAAUUUCUUCAAAGUCAAACUGAUUGACGACCUAAAUAAAUGUUAGUGGUUAAAGACUAGUGUUAGUUGUGAAUUGUGAAGAUGGUGCUGUCAUUCAUGAAUUUUUCAUCUUUUCCAAAAAGCGUUUUCUCCAGUGUAUCCAGUAUUUUUCUAUAUGGCUUUUAGUUUUUCAUCAUGAGGAUGAAUUGAUGAUAGCAGCUGUUUUAUAUCAGUUCAUAUUUUUCUGCAUUUUUUCUUUUUUUCUCAUCUGCUUUGAAUCAAUUUCAGCUCCAUGAACAAACCUUCCAAUCCUAAGUCUUAAUGCCCGUAGAAAUUUUAUUUCCUGCAUCCAGCUUUGUCAAAGCUGUAAACAGGAAAACUUUUUGUUUCAUUAAUUUCAGAACAAUGCUAUAUUUUGUUGAUUGCAGAACGUUCAGUAUUUCAGUCCUGAUCUACAUUCAGAAUUCAGCUGAAGUUCUUCAUUGUCAUCUUCAUUUUCACCACUAAGUUUGGCCAUUUAUUUAAUGUGUUUUAUUUUUUGUUUCUAUUUCCCCCUCCCUGCUUUUGUUUUUGUUGCCUUGUUUACACAGUGGGAGCAGCAAUGAAACAUCGGUAUGACGUGCAGUUGAUGUCAACGCCAUUGCUUUGUGAAGGAGUAUGGUGUGCAUGUUGUGUCAAAAUAUUGUGGUGUUGUGUCUCUUUCCAAAAAACUGUACAGCUGCAUUUGAAUGAUAUACAGUAUCAAAUUUUUGUAGAUACUACAAAAUUAUCUAAACAUGUACAUUUCUGUACAAUUUCUUUUCUUCUGUACAUUUUUGCUUUUUUAAGUGUGUGUUCCUUACCUUAGAAGCUUCAAAGUUUCUUAUGUGGAGUAUGGGUCAUGCAUUGACUUUUGUGUGAUUGAUACGCUGGUCUGUGGUCUUUUGAAAUCUUAUGGGAUACUUUUAUGGCCAAGCGGUUUAGUCUUAAGUUUUGGACAUUGUUCCCUGCUGGGUCCUGCUCAUACAUAUCCAUGUAUCACGUGUGAGAAUUCACAAUGACUUCCUGUUUCAUCUGUAGUGUAGGCUUUCGUACAGAAUGGCAGUUUGGUUUUAAAUUUUUAAAUUUAUUUUCAAACCACUGUCACUUUUGAGCUGUAGAUUUGGGGGCAUUUUAAGUGUAUUUAUUUUUUAAACUAGCCAACUGGAUUAAAUUGUCUUUUAAUCAUUGUUUUUAAAUGAAAAGAAUAAUAUUGAAAGAAGUGUCCUGUUGAUUUACAGACUAGAAGGUUACUUGACAUGGGACAUUCUCAGGGCCCAGUUUUUCAUAGCCAUAAAAUGGAUAAAUAAAUGCUGGUUAUUCUAAUUUCAUAAUUCGUAAACUCUACAAGUUGCAUUCCAGCAACUUUAUAUUGGAUUACAAAUUGUGAUGUGUGAUUUCAGAACACUUAAUGUCACUGCGCUGCUGAGACUAACCGUUCGCAUUGUUUACUGUGCAGACCUGUUAAUACAUUGGAGUCUUGGAGAAAUCUAUUUUGUCUUCAUUGCUGAAAGCAAAAUCUGCCUCUGAAGUUAGCAGGGCCUUUAUUGUGGCUAUUGUGUACCUGGAAUAGACAGGGCAACUAGCAGAACUUUGUGUUCUCGGAAGUGCCAUAAAACCGCCCCUUAGCCUGUAAACAGCAUUAGAGGUUGGAGCCUGUCGGAUGCUUUUGGCACAUUAGGUUAACAACAGUUAAGGGUUAUAUCACCAAAAAAAAUACAUGUACAGCCAUCAAGGUACAAGAACAUUCCAAGAAGACCAGAAAAUUCGUAGUUUCUUAGAAUGAACAUAUUCUGGAUGAACGUACUCCUAAAGAAAAAGUCCGAGAUUAGGAUGAUUUGAUGGUGAGACUUGAUAUAGGAUAACUGUUACAUCCUUUCAUCAUUUACAGCUUAAGAGGUGUCCUGCUUAGAGACCUCUUCAAUUCUCCAGAAUACCUCCAUUUGCAUCACAAACCAUAUGCUGUCUUUCCCCAAGUAGAGUGAACAAGAAGAUCAUCAGUUCUAUUCCCAGACUACCAGCAGAGCACGGUAGUUGUGUGGUUACUGUAGCUGACUCACAUGUGUUGGUGUGAGUUCAACCACUGACAGGGAUCAUGGUGCUUGUGAUCUUAGGCAAGACACUUUACUUCAAUUACAUGUACCCUUUCAUUCAUGAGUAGUGAAUACCUUGUAGGGCAGAGAUUAGAUUGUGCUGGUCUCAAGCAGCUGCGUUGAAUUGGUGUCAUGGCCAAAUGAAAAGCAGUAAUCCACUCUCGGACAUACAUGCACAUGUACGUGUACAAUGCUAUAUGUCAGCAACACAUUAUUAUAAACUUAUCACUUUUACAUUGUUAUUUUUGGAUGACGUAGGAUGGUCCCAAGUGUUAGGUGAAGGUGGCCAGGAUUCAUCAUUUUUCCAUUCUGAUUUUCAUACUCCCCACAUUUUUCCUUUUUUUACAUUACCGCAGUACUGUAUAGUGUUUUGACUGUUUAGCACGUUAUGAUUUAGUCUCUGUAUAUAUUGUGUAAAUGAUUCCAGUAAUGCGUGCGCUUCAGCUUCUGAAAUUAGGAGAAAAACUGUUUGUAUUUAUAAGGCUUGGUGAUUUGUUUUUAAUGAGUUUCUAACGAUUUUUAAUUGUUUCUUAAAAUGAGACUUCAUGAAAGUAACAUUUGGAUGAUUGUUGCUAACACCUGAAAAUGUUACAAGGAAUCUUGUUUGACUGUGAUAGACUUUGGAAGAAGAAGUGUGUUAUAAUGCUCGUGUAUGCCGUUGAUUCAGUAUUUUUGUUUAUCCAAGUACAGACACUGCAGUAAUGCCAGUGACAAGGAGUUAGGAAACAAGGAGUAGAAGGCGCUGUAAAGAUGCCAUUGUCUAGAUAGAUCUUCAGAGAAAUAAAUGCGCUUUCAUGAAAGAAGAUUUUAUCAUAUCACGUUAGUGUAGAAAUGAGAGACUGGAAAGUUAUCCAUGCGAAUGCGUAUAUUUAUGUAUGUAUUUGAGAGGAUUGCUGUAUAAGAUGUUAUGUUAAAUCAGGCUGGAAUUUGCCUGUGGAAAUUUGUUAAUGAAAAACAGAAAAAUGUGAAAAUGAAUAGCUGGUACUUGUACAGUGCUUCCAGCAUAAUUGAUGUGUCGUGUGAGUGUAAUUGGACAUGCAAAUUUGGACAGCAGGCACAUUCAUUAUCAUCAUUCAAGCAGCAUACAUGUGCUUAGAAGCACACUACAUGUAUAUGUGUAUUUUGUUGCAUGCAUACAUGUAGCUGUCCAAAACAUUGCUGAUGGGAGUGAGUGAUGUCAUCUGCACACCCAGCCUGAUGUACAGUUCCAAAUUCCAUGGCAUGACAAUUUCUAUCAGCCCAGAAAGUUGCAAAUUGAAGGCAAGUUUAUUGAGUCCUUUCUUUGUCUUCAUUGUGGUGCCAUGCCUUUUUUUUUAAAAAUUCAGAAUCCCUUUAAAAUGCUUUAUUACUCUUUUCCUGGAAUUGCAAAUAACAAUUCCUUAUCAGUGCAAGUUUAAAGGUCCAUUUUGUUGUAAAUUUGACUGUUGAAUGAGCAAUAACAGCCCCUGCCAUUCUUCUGUGAUUGUGUUCCCACCAAUCAACUUCCACCAUGUUUGUGAGUUUGCCCUUACUCUACCUCUAGGUCUUGCAGUAAUUGCUUUCUGAAUUACUAGAGACAGUAGUAAGACUACUGUUGGCUUUGUCACUUGCUAGACUCCCCCCCCCGAAGAAUAGAUGAAUUAACUAUGCAAUAUGUUAUGAAGAAAAGAAGUGCUCACAAAGUGCUGGUACUUCCUACUUGAAUGUGACGUUUUGAUUUGAAAUCAGUUGGUGUCCCACAAUGUCAAUGGCUGUGCACCGAGUGUCAGUUGUAACGUUGUUGGUGCAUCCUAUUUACUUUAAAGGCAUGACCUGUUGAUAAACCUAGACCCCCUGAUCACUAUUUAUCAAGACGGCCCCCAGUAAUGGUUUAAGCCAGCUAUUUUUGUGCAAUAGCCUGCACCAUGUAUCUGCCAUUAUGAGGGGCCAGCCUGAUGAACAGUGAUCAUGUGCACACAUUAGUCUGAACUGACAGCAGCCGUGUUACACAGGUUUGGAAAAAGUCACAUCCUUUUAAGUAAUAAUUAUCAGUACACAGCCCUUCAAUUGAUGUGGCUGUGUUCCAGUUCAUUGUUCAAGGGCAUUUUCAAAAACCCUCAAACAGCACAGAGUAAACAAUGUAGGGCAAAGACAAAAUGCCAAAUCAGUCCAUUUCAUUGGUAGUUGGUGCCAAUUACUUGUACUGUCCUUAGACUGUCCUGUUGAAGUUGUGAAGUCUCCCUCCAUUCAUCUUAUCAAUCUUCCGUCAAAUCCACCUUUGUUAUCCACCAAGCCUUAACUAAUUGCUAUUUACUCUCUUAUGAUUACCACGGUACUAAACUUUUUGUGAUUGCUUUGUACUUUUUAAAUAUUUAAAAGCUGGCCCACAGUGGCCAUUUGUAUAUACAGUUCUUCAGGUACCAUGUACCACUUUGCAUGUAUUUGCAACCUGGAUGUCGGUAGUACUAUGUUGUGUAUGGAAAUCAUGUCAUAUGCAUUGUAUCUUUAUCAAAGUACAAAGAAAUUGCCUAAAAAUUUAUGUGUUUGUAGAAUGUUGAAGAAAUAAAACAGUUGUGUCUCUUACUUCCAGAUACAGCGUGAUGGGGUGAACUGAAAAAAAAAUCUUGAAAUUUGUACAAAAAAAAUUAAUGGAUUUAUAUAUUGAGAUCAUGCAUAUGUCCAAAUUUGGUGUCUUGUCGCAUAGAGAGAGAUAUAUAUUGUAUCUAUAGAACACAGCUUGUAGUGCAAAACAAGUGCUGAGAAACUGUCACUGUAGAAAAUGUAGUGUAAACUUGUGUCAGUAGCAAGUGUGUUCUGGGGAUUAUCAGGGAAUCAUGGGAGAGAACUUGGAGGUAGUUUGACUGGCAGCCAAUCGCGGUCAAGAGUUUGUGCACACAGCCUCAAGUAUUGACCAGUUGCGAGCCAACAGUUAUCAUCUGGGUACCAAUUUCAUACAGUUUGCAGAAGAGACACGUUUUUGUCACCAGGUCAGGAAGAAACAGCUAGGACAUUCUUAAAAUAAGGUGACUUGUGUUGGAAAGCUUGUUUAGAGGGAGUCACAAGUAGUCAGAGUUGGCUACUAGGAACAUUAAGUGAGUUCUUUGCAAACAUGAUUCUCCAAGAUGGGACAGCAGAAAGGUGAAUUGUAUUAACAGUGGAACAUCACUAUAAAGAACACCACUAAACCAAACAUUCCGAAACACCAAGCGUACCCCUUGGCUCCCUAAUUUUCUGUGCCUGUUAAUUGAACAUAAUGUUUUAAAUAUGAGAAACAUUUAGAACUGAUGAUAAGUGACAACAUUGGGAAAAUCGCACUCAGGACUGAACGACGAAUACAUGGCCCGGUCUGGAUCGUUAGUGGGUAGUGUGCAUUGCACGUAAUGUGUGUGUGGGUGUGUGUCAUGCUCACAGCUACAGGCAGCCAUGUAGACCAGCUGCCCAGCACUGCAUGCAUGUAUGCCAUGCAAUACUGGUGACUCCGGACAGGGCGGAAGACUUGCAUGAUAAUCGCUACAAAGCCAGCAGAUUUAAGCUUUAAAAACCACCAAAGCAAGAAAUUGCAUUUGUUACUUGACUCAAAGAAAUUUUUUGAUAAAUAUCUUACGUUUUGAUCGUUUCCAAAUAUGCUGACUUCAAACAUAAUUGUGCCUCUUGCUAGCACUGCUUUACCUGGCGCGGCCCAUUUGUUAAAAUGCCAUUUUACCAACAGGAACCAGUGUAACUGUAGCUACAUGUCACUUGUAGCUUUAAGCAACAACUCAAGGAAAACUUGAGAUAAACAGAAUUAAAAAAUACAAGGUUUUUUUUCCUUAUAUUUUUUACCUAUUUUGUGUGUAGAUUUUGGACCCAAAUCCUCGUACCAAAACAUUUUGUGGGGCAGGCUUGCACACGCUUCAAUAUGCGCCAGAAGUCAGAUCGGGUGCCUGUGUCCAUGACUGAAAAAUGGCUGCACGGAAUGAUAGCUACACCAAACAUUUUGUGUGGACCCCGUCGUGUUCGUUAUAGUGAUGUCCCACUGUAGUACAUGUUGUUACGUGUCUAUACUGGCAAUCAUAUAAAUUUCAUGUGUGAUCGCAUGCAGAAGUGUGCCAACUAUUCUGGCUAUACGCAUGGAAAGUAAUGUUUUCAUUAAGCAAGAGCUAUGAAAUUGGUCUCUAGCCGGUAUUUUCAUCCCACCGUAGUUAACAUUCCCUGCUUCAUGUUUUCAUAUUGGAUUCUUGUGAGUUAACAACUGGUAGCUGAUCUGUAGGCUUUAUUGUGUAUUUGCGGUGGUGCUCAAUAAGUGUAACAUACCAUUAUGUACUGUUCUUAACACUCCCAACCCUCCAAAUCUUCAAGAUUGUCAAUGAAUGUCCAUUCAACUUGGAGGGAACCAGAUUUGUGAAAUAAAAAUUGAUUUGUCAUCUCA